CAAGAGUGGAGUAUGAGGAGCUUCUUCAGCUAUAUAAUCCAGGCGUCUUCUCCUAGGGUUUUAUCCUUUCCCCACCUCGUAUUCAAAAUCAGUCAUUAAUGGCGUCUGCGGAUGUGGAGUUCCGGUGUUUCGUCGGUGGUCUGGCAUGGGCGACUACCGACCAAUCCUUAGAAGAAGCUUUCUCUCAAUAUGGAGAGAUUUUGGAAUCGAAGAUUAUCAACGAUCGGGAGACUGGCAGAUCUAGAGGAUUCGGAUUCGUAACUUUCAAGGAUGAGCAAGCGAUGAGAGACGCGAUUGAGGGGAUGAACGGACAGAGCCUCGACGGUCGUAACAUCACAGUCAACGAGGCGCAGUCUCGUGGAAGCGGCGGUGGCGGCGGUGGAAGACGUGAAGGUGGCGGUGGGUACGGUGGAGGAGGCGGUGGAUACGGAAGACGUGAAGGUGGUGGCGGUGGAUACGGUGGUGGUGGCGGUGGAUAUGGAGGUGGUGGCGGUGGAUAUGGAGGUGGUCGUGACCGUGGAUACGGCGGUGGCAGCGGUGGUGGCGGUGGAUACUCGAGGGGAGGCGGUGCUCCGGAAGUCACCACUAUCAUCAGACCGUUUAUUGUGUUCCGAUUGUCGACGACUAUUGGCCAGGUGGCUACAUCUUCCUUAGCUUCUCACAUCCGUCUAGAUUUUAGUCAGGUUCGAGAAUGUCACUGGCAUCUAUACUUCUAAACAAGGUUUAUGUAGGUGUUAAUUAUUGCCAUUAUCAUGCAAAAAGGUGUGAAAUUGGUUUCUGGGCAGAAAUUAGGCAGUCAAAAAUUGGUAAUGGAUCCAUCUUUUACUAGAAAACUUAAGCCAAUGAGAAUUAUUUUCUGGAAAACUUGAUUAUCAAUUAUGCAAUCAUGAGUAGAUCCUUAGC